AUCGUAGUUGUCACAUUCAUUCUUCGCGCGCCGUUUCUAUCGCAUUGUUUGCCAAGUAUUACCGCCAAGUCCAACUGUUUUAAUAUUUCUAAAUAAUACGUUGAUUUCUUUUUUCUUUGGAUUUGCGUUCGCUUUUCUAUUUGUUUUUAUAUGAAAAAAUGAGAAAGAGAGAAAGAGAGAGAGAGAGAGAGAGAGAGAGAGAGCAAGAUAAGCGUCAACAAUCGAGUGGAUUUGUAGAGACAUAGAAAUUGUGUCCUUUUGGUGUGGUAGACGAAACACGUGUACCUAUCGCAUAAACCGCGUGCUCUAUGCAACGUGAAAGGAUUUAUUUAAUAAUUAUCCAUGGAGGAACUAUAUUUGUGGUUAUUGUCCCCCAACAAGGAACCUACUUGAAUCGUUAUCAUUUUUCUAUCCUUUUUACCGAGCUCGAGCGGCGUUCUUCGAUCAAAACUUGGUGAGCCUAAAUGCGCGGGUUUUUUGGAGUGCCUGGCGCGGAGAGGAGAUACAGGAGGAAAAUUUCAAAAAAACGACUUUGUCUUUCCAAAAUUCCUCGUGAUUCUUGUGAAUUCUCGAAAACGUCUGUUUAUUCGACUGGAUUAGGCCCGGGAGAAGAGAUCGUACACGAGGAACCGAUCGUCGUGGAUUUAACUAACGAUGACGCUAAACUAACGCGGAAAGAAAGAGAAACAAGUACAAGUAGUUCAGAAGAUUACGCUAUGAUAGCUGACAGUUCGAACAGAUUUCAUCGCGAUAAUAAUAGCAACAAUGGUAUAGCUACGGCAUUACGCGAUCGCGGAUCAUGCGUGAUCCCGAUUCAACCGAAUCAUUGCCUUCCUAUACAUCCAGCACCACCGGUUCCAACUCGAGCUCUACCUAUACCAAAGUCUCGAAAAUCUCGUUCUCCAAUAUUGAAACUCGUGAGAGCUUCGAUUUUAGACGCAGUCAACGUGGAACCAGUCAAAUCAACGACUUUGGAAACUAACGGCGAUCAGGAGGAAGAGAAUAGCGCUACUUUUUUCCCUGAACGAAGUCGGGAACAGAAAACUUCCUUAGAGGAAACAAACUCGGUGCUGCAAACGAAUCAAAACUCUUGUUCCAUCAAAAUCGUAGAUCGCCUUAAACGGAAGAUCACCGAUGAAAAGUCUAAGGAACGUGGAAAAGAUGCUACGAAGGAUUCGAAGAAAAGAAGAAAAUCUUCUGACGUUAAUUCAGACGGUGGAUUCAAUGAAUUGUUUACAAAUUCUAUAGCUAACAUCGACAAAGAAGGAAAGACAGAGCUUUGUAAUGAUAAAAAGUAUGCAAUGUCGAUCGUGGGAUCAACAACAGAGAUUAAUUUUGGAAAGGAGAAGAUCGUACCACCGCUAAGAUUGAAGAAAGUCAUUCAGGAAGGAAAAGAUGGCGAUCGUGGUAACGCGGAACUACCCUCGAACGGAGAAAAAGAGGCCAAUUAUAGAAUAGUCACGGGUGCUACGCCUCGUCCAGAAGCGCAGUCUAUUCCGACAAUUUGCGAAUAUUGGACCAGAGAAAAUUUCGAUAAUGAUGAUAACUUCGACGUUGCGUUGACAAGUUCGACCACUCACGACGUCGUUCGUCGAUCUCCUGUCAAAAGCGACGAUUACAAAUUGAAAUAUAGACGUAAUAGAUUAAAACAAAAGCUCAAAGAAUUACAAGACAAGGCCUUAGAUCUAUCUCAGGAAAUAGCAAAUGCGCCUAAUAUUAUGAAUUCUAGUACGCAACGAAACACAAGACUCAGACAAAUGAUGAACUGCUAUGAGAAGCAAAUAGAAAAUGUUUCAAAGUUACUUAAUAAAUUAUAUAACGAGAAUCCUGUAGCGAACAAGUUUGUCGACAUUGAUGAAAAUAAGAGAGAACAUCAAUGGGAUGACGAAUUCGUUCAAAAUUUUUCUCCAAUUUCGUCACCAGAACCACCGAAACUGUCACCACGUUCCCCAAUAAAUCAAAAUAAGUCACCGAAUAGCGUUAGAAAUAGUCCACCUGUAUUGCCUAAAGUUUCUUUAAAUAUUUCAUCGAACCUGGAUAUUCUGGACGAGCACGAUGCAGAGACUGUACAGUUGCCAAACGAAUCCUCCUGGAUCACGUGCGAGAAUAAUACGGUAGAAAUUUCGUCGAUGGCAGAUACCUUUUGUGAAGACACGACAAAUCAAGAAUGGGAGUCUACUAAUAAUACCGAUAGAGAACAUCAAUUGACAACACCUCCAAUUCUUUCGUCAACUUCUCUCGAUCCGUGUUCCUCAGAAAAUAUUGAAAAUAUUGAAAAUAGGGAAGUAUUUUUCAAUAAUAUUGGAGAAGUUGUAGAAAAAGAUAAAAUUAAAAUGAUGCAUGGAAAAAAGGAGAUGAUGAAAGAACUCUCUAAGACGAUAGAAGUUGUAUCAACGAAUCACUCAAUUAUCAAAGAAACGACAGAAAUAAGGAAACAUGAGGUACAAGAUGCCAAUAAAGCAAUUCAAAUUAACCAUAUCAAAAGUCCUAUAAUAAGUUCCGUCACUGGAGCCUCCGAGUUACCAUGUAACAUGAGAUGCGAUCAAGUAGACGCAACUUUGCCAACACCACCGAUAACGAAAACGCAAAUAUCAUCUUCGAUCGAUAUGAUGAACAUCUUGCAAUUAGGAUCGAAUUAUUAUGACUCUACGCUUUUGAAAAAAAAUGAUUUAGAAACUAAUAAAAUGGAAGAUUCUAAAACAAUCCAAAAGGUACCAUCGGGUACGAUAUCAUCAAGGAAGACCAACUAUGACUCGAUAGCUUCGACUUUCAACCAAGUGGAAUAUCCUUUUACGGAUCAACAUUUUCCUGUUCAAAGUAGUAAUGAUAAUCGUAUCAUAACUGAACAAUUUCCUACGCUUGGUAAUUGGGUGGCCAAAAUGUCGAAGAAGCAAGUUUCUAAACAAAAAUCUAAAUUACAAACUAUGGGAAAUUCCAUUAGUACUAUUCCAAUGGAAGAACCAAUGCGUACUGCAAAGUUCGAUACGCACAAAGUAUCACUGAAUGAAACGAAUACUGCCCAUGGUAACAACGUGACAGUAAAUAUUACUCCACAAUGGAAUACGGAAAGAUGGCAUCGUCAACAACAUCAUCAACAACGUCAGCAACAGCAAUUAUUUCAACACGUGUCUGCUAGUGCAACUCCUCUAUCCUUUCCAUCUACUACAACUCUGAAUACAGGAAUUUGCACGCCACUUUCGACAACUCAAUUUUAUCCAAAUAACUAUAACAUUAAUCCAUAUAAUGGAGCAACGUUUGGUUAUCAUUCCACACUGUAUCCUGUUUACAAUGGUUACACAUAUCAUUCCCGUUUACAUCCAGGAACACCUUUGACAAGUUACCAUAUACCUAUGCAAGAUCCUCUUAAUUCACCUUUACGUCCAUUGUCACGUGUUGAUAAGCACAUACAGAAUUCUUCUUUGCAGAAUUCAAAUCGAAAUUUUACUUCUGAUAUUUUAAAAUACUCUGGAUCACUUCCCGCUGCUAGAUCCCAGCCACCAAAUGACUUUAGUUUUGAUCGACUCAGAACAACAUCUACCAACAAUCAUAAUGGCGAAGCAAACUGUCUUUCAUCACUAUUGCUGGCAUCUUCAUCUCUAUCACCAGGGACACAACAAACUUUACCACGUACACCUCUUAGCGGAUAUCCAGCUAGCAAUAAUCAAUAUGGACGUAACAGAAUAAUACCAGAUGUUGUAGCUGCAGCUGCAGCUGCUGCAGUAGUUGCAGCAGCUUCUAUUGGAAGACAACGUGCCUCUUUACCUUCUUACAGCAAAUCUGCAAGCACAGCCAUUAAUGCCGUCAUGGAAGUGGAUCCUACUCGGCUAACUUCAAACAUCUCCAAUAAUCGUACUCGAGAACAUCUUUUAUCUAAUCAAGGACAAUCCAUUGAUGUUGGAACGAAAGAAUCACAAUGGAACAGUGCUGGAUAUCAUUCUAUACCAAAUUUACUUUUAGAAAGAUUACCUUUUGUUAGAACAGAACACAAUUUCCCUGCAACUUCUACACUUUCUAAUAAUAUUCAAAAUUCACCAUCUAUAUCGACAGUUUCUCUUCCACAAAUGUCGAAAAAAGUUUCUAGAAGCAUCGAAAGAGACUGUGAAACGCCACAUCUUGGUAAAGUAAACAGAAGCCCUGAUACAUUGAGUAAUAUUAAAUGUUCCAAUUGUGGUAUAGCUGGAUCAAUGUUCAAAUGUCUUGGAUGUGAGGUAGCUUUUUACUGUAAUGAAAGAUGCCAAGCUCGACAUUGGAAUAUUCAUGUUGAAAAAUGUCCAAAAAAAAUGCCAAAACUGAAAAAAGUAGCAUAAAUUGCAUAUUAAAUAUAUUUUUCCGUAAAUCACAAGUGCCGUGAUUUCUAGUCAUUAUGUUUGUUAAUUUACAAACAGACGUGCAUAACGUUAUACUGAUUGUCCUUACGUGUUUAAAUUAAUCCUAUUUUAAUCCUUGACGCGACAUACAAAAAAUAUUACUAUGUAGAUAUCAUUUUUCUAAAAUAGGAUUUUCUAAGUUUCUCAAAUUACGCUUGAAACUAUAAAUUCAAAUAUUUUUGCAUGUCAUUCUUGCAUAUAUUAUAUAUAUGCAUAUACACAAGUACACAUACACGCCAUACACAUUUAUACGUAUUGUAAAACUAAAAACAGUAUAUGAAAGAAAAUAAUUCCUUUUUGAAAGUACAAAAUAAGAAAACAAUGCGCUUAAUAAUACUUGAAUAUCAAUAUGCUCUAGUCAAUUACUAAUAACACCAAAAGUGUUUAUAUUUUACUUAUCAAAUCUUAUUUUAAAUAUAUAAUAUGUGUGUGUGUAUGUGUGCAUAUAUGUUUUACUUGAUCCUUAUAUAUCAAUUUUCUUACUUUACUUACAAUUAAUAAUCUAUUUAGUAUUCAUUAUUAAUAUAAUAACAAUAAUAACAAUAAUCAUGAUUAUAGAAAAUAUAAAGUUACAAAAACAUUUACAUUUUAAUUAAUAUACUAAUUAUAACUUAAUGAUUGUCUGGUUCUGAUGCUUUAUAAUGUUUUUCAAUAGUUUGUAACCUUUGUCAAAAUAAAGUUUAGUUUCCUAUUAUACUCUUUCCAACCAAGCAUUAAUAUAAGGCUAUUCUGCAUGUGGAUCAUAUUCAGCUACAUCUACAGUUUAAUAUAUAAUAUCUGUUAUAAUAUAUAUCUAUUUUAUAUAACAGAAUUAUAAUAAUACAAAUGUAAAAAUAUUACGUAAUGAGAAACGUAAAAAUAUGGAUUACUUAUAAACUCACGCAGUUGCUUCAAUUGACAGGCUCCAAAUACGUCACUUACACUAGUUUUAUUGCUUAUAAGAAAGAAUUUAUCUUUUAACCAGAUAUUUUCUAUUAAAUCCAAAUAAUUCAGCAUUUGUGCUUUAUACUUUUCUAUUUGUUUAAAUUUAUGUAACUUUCUUGUAAAAAAUUAAAAUACAAUAAGAAAAAGUAAAGAAUAAAAUUACAAAAAUGUUCGUUA